GUCAUCACUUUCAUUCCACCCCCCCCCCCCCACCCCCCACUUCACAAGAACACUUGAACAAGCAAAAAGAUUCAAACUUUAUGCAGAAUGGACCAAGAAUUUCAAAGAAAUUUAAUUAGUGAAAAUGGUGGUUUUGAACAAAGCUAUUUUAGAGGUUUAGGUACCCCCUUUUCUUGGUAUUUUUCAAGAAUGGCCUCUUUUUUGAACCCACAAAACCAUCAUCAAAGUUUUGAUGAUGAUGGGGUUGUUUCUUAUGAUGAUGAUUAUUCAUCACCAUUUAGUUAUUGUGGAUACUCAAGACCCAUUGUGGUUCUUGAUGUAAUAUGGAACUUGGCAUUUAUUUGUGUUUCUUGUUUUGUACUAUUGACCACUUUAAGUGAAAGGCCUUCUACUCCUUUGAGACUUUGGAUUGGUGGCUAUGCACUUCAGUGCCUAUUGCAUGUGGGUUUUAUUUGGAUUGAGUUUCAAAGAAGGAGUUUUGAUGAUUUUGAUGCUGUCAAUUUUGAUGGGGUUUCUUCUUUUUCACUGUUUCAGAGCAGCAUCAUGAAGAGGCUGGAAUCAGUUAAUACUGUGGUUUCAUCUAUCUGGUGGGUGUUUGGCUUUUACUGGAUUGUUAUAGGUGGCCAGCCACUUCUGCAAGACUCACCUCGUCUUUACUGGUUAUCAGUGGUCUUCCUUGCAUUUGAUGUGUUCUUUAUGGUCUUUUGCAUUGUGAUGGCAUGUGUACUCUUCUUCGCGCUCUUUUGUUUCUUUCCAUUUAUAGCAACAGUUGCAUAUGCCAUGAGACUUGGAGAUGGAGCAUCUGAAAAUGAUAUCAAGACUCUUCCCAAGUAUAGAUAUGGUCAAUCAAAUACUUCAGGGAACCUUGUAAAUGUGAAGACAGGAGAAGAUCGCUUAAAUGUUAGUGCGAAGACAGGAGAAGAUCACUUAGUAUCACAGUUCAACAGUAGUGAUUCUGUACCUGAGCUUGCUCUUCAACCAGAUGAUUCUGAGUGCUGCAUAUGCCUCUAUAAAUAUUUGGAUGGAGUAGAGCUAUGUGUCCUUCCCUGCAAUCAUCAUUUCCACCAUGGAUGCAUUAGCAAAUGGCUAAGGAUAAAUGCAACCUGCCCACUCUGCAAAUUCAAUAUUCUUAGGGCUGAAACUCUAGUCUGACUAUUUUUGUCAAUCAAAAGACUUGAGAUUAUACACAGAAAUGUUAGCUUUUCCAUAUCUAAUGGCAAUAUGUAAUGUAUUUAAUGAUCUGAUUUGUACACUCCUUUUUCAGCGCAGUAUUGAUAAUGGAGUUUAGGUUCUAUGCA